GUCUCUCCUGCCCGAGUCUAGGGGAGGGAGAGAGAGAGGGUGAGAUGGCGGCGUCGCUGUUUGACGAGCCCAAGUCUAGUUUGUUUGGAGACGACGACGAUGACGACAUGUCGCUGUUCUCCGGUGGAAGUAAGAGCAAAACGGCGAGCUCAGGUGGUGCCAAGACCAAGGCCAAGACGGGCGGUGCGGCGGCUUCGAUGGGCUCCUCGGGCGCUGCUUCCACUGGCAAGGCGGGAGGAGGUGGGAAGAGUGCAAAGGUGAGCAAGGUCAAGGUUGAUGAUGAUCCGCUCAAUGAUCCGCUCAGCGAUCCGCUCAAUGAUCCGCUCAGUGGCGGAGGCGGAGGCGGAGGCGGAGGCGGAAAGAAGAAGGGCAAGAAGUCGACCAAGAAGAAGGGUGGCAAGGGCGGGAAGAAGUCGACCAAGAAGGGCGGCAAGGGCAAAACGUCGACCAAGAAGGGUGCAGCUGCAAAGUCGGCAAACGCCUCAGAUGGUGCGUCGAGCGCAAAGACCAAGACCAAGACCGAGGCCAAGACCAAGACCAAGACGAGCAGAAGUACCGCGAGUGCGGCUGCAUCGAUGUUUGGCGGAGAUGACGACGAUGACGACGACGUGCUGUUUGGUGGCGGCAAGGCCAAGACGAGCAAGAGUUCAGCGACUCCAACCGCGGCUGCGUCAAUGUUUGGCGGGGACGAAGAAGACGACGAUGACCUGUUUGGCGGCGGCAAGGCGUCAGCCAAGGCUAAGACCAAGACCAAGACCAAGACCAAGACCAAGACCAAGACCAAGACAGGCAAGUCUGCAGCCGACGAUGAGGACAUGUUUGGCUCGACUGGCAAGUCGACGCUGUUCGGCGACGGUGACGACGACGAUACGUCGCUGUUUGCUAGUGCACCGGCCGAGGCCAAGGCUGAACCUCAGCCCGAAGCCAAGGCGAGCAAAAAGAAGUCGACCAAGAAGAAGGGCGGCAAAAAGUCGACCAAGAAGAGCGGCAAAAAGUCUGUCAAGAAGAAAAAGUCUGUCAAGAAGAGUACCAAGAAGAAGCCUGCGACGCGGACGCCAGCUCAUGGAGCGACGCCGCCGCCGGGUGCGUUUUCCGGCUUUAUGGAUAACGAUGACGAUCUGGGUGGCGAUCCAUUUGCGGCGUUUGCCUCACUCGGCGGCGGCGCCGACGCCAGCUCGAUGUUCGGCGCACCUGGGGCGGCCAAGUCCAAGCCCAAGCCGGCGGCGCCGGCGUUUUCCAACUUUGCUGGCUUUGCUGACGACGACGACGACGACAUCUUUGGUGCCGGAGGCGACGAUCCGUGGGGCGGCUCAUCGGUCUUUGGCGCGCCGGUGACCAAGGCCGCCAAGCCUGAGCCUGAGCCUGAGCCUGAGCCCGAGCCCGAGCCCGAGUCUGAACCCGAGCCUGAGCCCGAGCCUGAGCCAAGAUCUGAGCUGCAGCGCGGCGGAGCAACUGACGGCGCUGUCGAGACCGGCUCGGACAAGUCCGACGGCGGCGACGACCUGUUCACCACUGACGGCGACACCUCGGUUGAUGCCGGCGCGCGGUCGGUGCGGUUCAACGAUGAGGUUGACGUCAAGUCGGUCCCGGCACGGGCAGACGUGUCCGACUCGCGGAGCGGGUCGGGCUCGGGCUCGGGCUCGGGCCGGAUGCCGGCUCAGGAGCCAAUUUCGGCUUCGCAAGAGCGUGGCCGCGACCAUGCCACCUCGCGGAGCUCGCGAAGCGGCCAGCGUGACGAUGUGCGCCCGAGCGAGCGGCGCGAGCGCAGCAGCCGAAGCGGGCGUAGCAGCCGGAGCAGGCGCUCUGGGCGUUCUGGGCGUUCUGGGCGUUUUGGGCGGUCGAGCCGUUCUGGGCGGUCGGGCCGUUCCUCGCGUUCUGGGCGUCGGUCGCGCCGGUCUCGGCGAGCGUCGUACUCGUACUCUGACUCGGGCUCGCCGCGCGGACGGCGGGGAAGCUCGCGGCGGUAUGUGGCGGGCGGUGGUGGAGGCAUGAUGCCUUUGAUCCUGCCCGCGGUGGUUGUGCGCCCGGACGCAAUGGCUGUGGUCGGUGGGUCGCUCCCGCCUGUGCGGCCAGUCAUUCCUAUGCCGGUGGUGAGCGGGUUGCCGCCGUUGUCGGACGAUCUGCAUCCGCCGCCACCGGAGAUGCUUGUCGUGGAUGACGACGACGGGCCGCCGCCGCCGCCGCCCGAGGUGCUCGCGCACCUGCCAACCAUGCCGGAGGACUCUGCACGGGUCAAGCAGCUGGAAGGCCUGGUGCACGACCUGGUGCACGACCUCAGCACCGCUGCCGAGGUAGUCCAGUCUGCCAAGUCUGCCAAGGAGCUCGAGCUUGAGGCCAUUGAGGCCGAGCUCGAGGCUGAGCGUUCGCUGCGACGCGAGCUCGAGGCCGAGCUGGAAGACGGGGGCCGGUCGUCGCGGCGGUCGCGGCGGGCCCGACGGAGCAAGGCCUUUUCCGUCAUGGACGACGAGGCCGAGGGCGAUGGCUUCUACAAUGACGGUGUCACCGCACCCAUUGCGCUGCGGUUUGGUGGCGAGCGGAACAUGGCGGUUGGCUCGGGCGGGGUGCUGAAGCGGAUGUCGGACCAGGCUGAGCGCAUCGAGCUCGAGCGGAAAAAGAAGCGCGAGGCGCUGCGGGCGCGGGUCGAGGCUGCGCGGGCCAAGGCCCGGGCCGACGGCACGCUCUCGCCAGUCGACGUUGACGUCGAUGUCGGGCGACGACGUCGGCGCGGACACAGCGAGCGGAACCGCGGGCGUGGGCGCAGGCGCAGACGCAAGGGCCGGCGGCGCGGGCGGCAUGGAAGCUCAAGCUCGACCGACUCGAGCAGCUCGAGCAGUGGCUCCAGCUCGAGCUCGAGCUCGAGUGUCAGCAGCUCGGACAGGGCGCGGUCCAAGUCCAAGAAGGCGCGGUCGAAGAAGGCGCGGUCGAAAAUGGGCAAGGGCAAGGGCAAGGGCAAGGGUAAGGGUAAGGGCAAGGGCAAGGAGAAAGCUGGGCUCCGUGAGGAUCCCGGCUCGGACUCGCUGUCACCGGGCGCUGCGCCGGUGGCGUUGUCAUCGUCGUCGUCUUCGCCACCACCGCCGCCGCCCAAGUCGCCGCAUCCACUCUCGGGCUCGGACUCGGGCUCGGGGCCGGGGCCGACCUUGGACUCGGGGGCGGACGGGACGUAUGUGGGCGCGGCGGGAUCCGACGAGCUGGGCUCGUACGAAUACGCCAGCGAGUACACUCAGGAGUCGUUCUACUCUGAAGUGGAGGAGACUGUGGGUGGAGCGGUGCCGGACGGCAACUCAUCGCUGUUUGAUCCGUUUGGCGCGAGCGCGUUUGGAGGCUCGGUCUUUGCUGACGGCGGCGAUGAUGACCUGUUUGCGCAGUCGGACGACGAGUGGGACCCGUUCUCGGCCAAGGCGACGCCCUCGAGCGGACCCAAGACCGUCAAAGUCCGCAAGAAGAAGCACCGGAUGGUGAAGAAGCGGGUGCGGACCGGUAAGCGCAAGCCUGUGGCCAAGGCCAAGGCCAAGGUCAAAGCCAAGGCCCAAACCAAGGAUGUGGCGAAGCCAGCGCGCAAGUCAGGUGGCGUCACUGACAAGCCUGCGUUCUCAUCUGAAUCGGACGACGGGCCGUCACCACCGUUGCCGCCUGCCGACAGCGAGUCGGAUGACGAGGCAUCCAAUGACUCGUUUACCCGCCGAGCCGCCGCCGCUAAGAAGGCCAAGGCCAAGGCGGAAGCCAAGGCCAAGGCCACGGCGGAAGCCAAGGCCAGGGCCAAGGCCGAGGCCAAGGAGAAGACCCGGACCAAGGCCAAGGCCAAGGCUGUGAUGGAGAGCUCCGAGAGCGAUGAAGCUGCGGCGCCCGAGGCACCAGCGCACAAGGGCAAAGGAAAGGGCAAGGGCAAGAGCAAGGGCAAGUCAAAGGCGAGCGGCGUCUUGGACUCGGAUGAUGGGCCGCCGCCGCCGCCUGUGGUCGAGUCGGGCAAGGGCAAGGGGAAGGGCAAGAAACGGCGGAAGCGCAAAGUGGUGGACAAGAGGGGUGGGCUGAGCGAGAGCAAGGCAGGCGGUGUGGCGGAUGCCCCACCGCCGCCGCCGGACGCUUCCUCCUCGUCGUCGUCAUCGUCGUCGGUCGUGUUGUCGUCUUCUUCAUCGUCGUCGUCGUCUUCGUCGUCGUCUUCGUCGUCGUCUUCGUCGUCGUCUUCGUCGUCGUCUUCGUCGGUCUCGAGCGGUACGAUCUCGUCGGACGAGCAGGUUCGACAAGGCGAGAUCGAAAAGCUGCGAGCCGUGCCGCCCGAGCUGGCUGAGGCAAGGGUGGAGAAGCUGUCCAAGUUCGACGCACACGGCAAGGACUUGCCGCGGUACUGGCGGAUGGGCCACGACGUCAAGGGCCGCGUCUUCUUCUACCACCGCAAGACGCAGGUGCGGACGUACCGUCACCCGGCGCAGGAGCGCAAGAAGCGCGUGGCGCGGUCGUUUGAGGAGCGCGACCGGAUCGAGCGCGAGCACGCCGAGGCGCUGAAGCGCGGCGGUGGCAGGAAGCAGGACAAGGACCUGUUUGAGCGCGGCAAGAAGGAAGAGUGUGUGGUGAUGUAGGAGCGCUGCAGCCAAUGAGCAAAGGCAGCAAGGGCGAGAGAGCAAAGCCGCCUUGAUUUACAUGUGCGUUACGUCGACGCCUGUUUCUCCUCCUUCUGCUUCUGCUUCUGCUUGCGAGCAAGUAGCUUUGCGCGACGGGCGGCCAUGGCGGCCUUGCGCUUUGCGCGGCGGGCGGCC